GGUAUGUUCCCUUGGAUGAAAAUCAGCAGCGGCUGCAAAGAGCGGAGGCAAAGUGCAAUAUCAAAGCGAUUCAUACGGACAAGACAACACGACAGCCUGGGGCCGUGGAUCAGAGACGGCCUGAAAUCGGACAUUAUGCAGUCGUUCCUGUCAGCUUCGUGAACGAGGCGGGUCGUUUCAUGUGGAAGACGCUCUCCCGUGUAUUCUGGAUGAUCUCCCGCAGCCAGGUCCGCGUAUUGAGAUGAUCUAUUUUUGUGAUGGCGAAGGGUCUGUUUCCACGGGCCUGGGUGAAAAAGUCUUUCUACUUCCAGGCUCGGAUCUCCUUUGUGCGGGUGAAGUACCUGUUCCUUACAUGGCUGACUGUGCUGGUGGGGAGCUGGGUGCUCUAUGUGCAAUACUCCGCCUACACAGAGCUGUGCAGAGGACACGAGUGCAAGAACGCCAUUUGUGAUAAAUACAGGAGGGGGAUCAUCGAUGGCUCUGCCUGCAGCAGCCUGUGCGACAAAGAAACACUCUACAUGAGCAGAUGUCUGUCCACACUCCCUAACAACCAGGUGUACACAGGAAGCUGGGGAGACCGUGAUGGGAUCAUCCGCUGUAAGCUGGGGGAGGUUGUGCACUACGAGCUGGGCGAGGAGCCGGAGCCACGGAGAGAAACCCCUGUGUUCGACAAGCCCACCAGAGGCACAUCGGUGGAGAAGUUCAGAGAGAUGGUCUUUAAUCACCUCAAGUCCAAGCUCGGAGAGCAGGCUAACCUCGCCAGCCUUGUCAGCCAGAUCCUCUCUGUCGCCGACGGCAACAAAGAUGGACGGGUGUCCCUGCCAGAAGCCCGCUCUACAUGGGCCCUCCUGCAGAUGGACGAGGUGCUGCUGGGCCUGCUGCUCCAGGACCGUGGACACACUCCUCGCCUCCUCGGCUACUGCGGGGACCUGUACAUGACGGAGCGAGUCCCCUAUGGGCCCCUGUAUGGUUUGUCUCUACCGUGGCCGCUGGUGUCCUGGGUGCCCAGCGGCUUGCAGCGCACUAUGGACCAGUGGUUCACCCCCUCAUGGCCUCGCAAAGCUAAGAUCUCCAUGGGCCUGCUGGAGCUGGUGGAGGACAUCUUCCACGGCACCUACGGCAGCUUUCUGAUCUGCGAUCUCGCCGCAGCACACUUUGGUUACACUGACCGCCAUGAACUCCGUCUGACUAACACCCGGGGCGUGGUUCCUGAGGACGAGUUCAGGCGCACUAUGCGGGCGCUGAAGUGUGAGACGGAUGCCGACUGCGUGUACGGGACGGACUGCCAGACGUCAUGUGACGUGUCAGAGAAACGGUGCAAGGAGGAGCCGGUUCAGCCAAACUUGGCAAAGGCAUGCAGUGCGCUGAAGGACUACCUCCUGCGUGGGGCGCCGUCAGGGCUGAGAGAGGAGCUGGAGAGGCAGUUGUACGCCUGUAUGGCUCUGAAGGGUAAUGCCAGACAGAUGAACAUGGAGCACUCGCUAAUCCUCAACAACCUGAAAGCUCUGCUGUGGAGACAGAUCUCACACACCAAGGACUCGUGACGAGGACAGUAAGUCAUGCCAGUCGGUUCCUCACACGGAGCUGAAUAUUAAAGAUGCUGUGAUUUAGAGAUAGCAAAUUUAAUGAAGCAAUUUUUACCAGCUCUUAACACUAAUCAGACCGGUCAGACUGAAGGAGACUCUACCUCCUCUAUCCAAGCUUCAGAGGUCGGGGGCCUGGAACACACGUUCAAGGACUGUCAAAUAAAAAAUAAGAUAAACUGAAUGAUGCAUGUUGCCAUCAGUCACACUUAAAACUGUUCAUGCAGCCACAUUGUAUUGUAUUGUAUUGUCCACCAUAGAGGAAUGUUAUGGAAACACUAAUGGAAAGAACAGAUUUUACACUAAGUCUCAAGAGCUGAGAGACUAAAUUGCUGUUUUUACCACAACAUCAUGCUGAUAUGUCCGAGCUGACAAGGUUCAUCAAAGAAGAGUUUGUUCUGUGUGGGAAGACGUUGCUGUUUUACGAAGCUCCAGUUUAAAGUGUAAUGAAAUUGCACUAUUUUAAGCUCUGCUCCUUAAUUUUAUGUUAAAGGGCCAGUGUGCAGGAUUUAGUGGCGCCAGCUGGCGAGGUUGCAGAUUGCAUCCAAGUGAAUAGCCCUCACCUAACCUUUCCCCGUGGCAACCUCAAAAAACGUGAAAGGCGCUCUUUAGAGCCUAUGUUUGGUUUGUCUGUUCAGUGCUACUGUGGAAACAUGGCAGUGCAACAUGGUGGACUCCGUGCAGGAGGACCCACUCUCUGUAGAUAUGAAGAGCUCAUUGUAUUUUUAGGUGAUUAUACACAACAUAACUAUGAUUAUUAUGUUUCAUUUCUGUCAUUCUGCCAACAGAUCUGUCUAAAUCCCACACACUGGUCCUUUAAGGUUGCUACUUAGCACCGUUACAUAGUCAGGGAGUGUACCUCUGAAGGAUACGGCUGGUGAUAUUGUAUAUUUUCAUUUCUAGCAAAUCAAACGAAAAGACCAAAAAACUAGCUGUGUUGCAGUUUUAUUCUGUUUGACAUUCUUGUUGAUUUUACUCUGCUGCCUGUAGCACUCUCAGCCUACUAAAGGCAUAAAUAUUUAAAAAGAAAUCUCAAAAUUAUACUUUCAUUAAAAAAAAAAAAAAAACAGUUAAAUAAUUUCCAGCAGCCGGACACUUUUGUUUUUUCAAAGAACUUGCUCACACGGCAGUAAAUGGUGCAUUUGUUGGAGACAACUUUUAGCUGUGGAUGAACAGGUUUGGUGCACUAGUUCGUAUUUACAGUCAAUUAUGUCGAGUCGAAAUAAACUACAGUGCCAAUAUUCAUCAUGAUGGAGCAUGUCGUCCAGUGCAGCCGUGUACAACUUUUUAUAUAAUUUUUGGAUCAAUUGCACAGAGAAACUAUAUUGGUCUGGUGAGUUGAAUUCAUUGUUAAGUUGGGUCUUUUCAGGUGUAUAGUUGACAAUGGGAAAAACAUAGCAUAUCAUUUAACUUAACCUUCAACCAUUGCAGAUUGGUGACACCUUAAAUGGGAAAAAAAAAAUUAGAAAUGAAAAUGCUGUACAGGAUCCAGAGACUUGGAGAAUUAAGGAGCUUUAAAGCUCUAUCUCAUGGUAGCUUUUCCUUUGUCACUUAUCUGCAUGGUAAAAUGAGGCAGUUCAUUAGCUUCAGAGUGGAUAAUGUUUUAAUUGUUGCUAUUCCAGAGGUCAUAUACUGUUUGUCAGUGCACCUCACUCUGCUGGACUUCUCCACCUGUAACGCUAGUGACAUCUUCAAUGCUGCAUCAUUGUCACAAAGAGAAAUAUUAAUGUAUUUUAUUUGGUCUGUGAAUGUUAUCUUCUUGCAUUUCUCACUUAAAAGAGCAUUUGUGGUAAUGUGCUGUAUCACAUUGUUUUGGAUCUUGUCUCAGUGCCAUAGAGAUCAUGCAGAAAUCCUUUGAAUGUUCGACACCAGUGAAGGUGGGAGUCUUCUAUCAAAUCUUGUGGCCACAUUUGAAUGCUGUUCAAGACUAUUUUUCCACGAUCCCUCCCAGGCAUCGUUGUUGUGAAGUUACUGUGACCGAGUCGACAACCUGACUUGUUUAACCACUUUAAAUGCAUUUCAGAGCAGACGUGUCCUGUAAAGCAGGUCAAGCUUGUGGUCAAUGCUGCUGUUUGAAUUUUGAAAAAUGUAAAAAAAAAAAAAAAAUGUUUACUUAUUGAAGAGACCAGCAUGAUUUUGCACAAUUAAACUACACACCA